AUGCUGGCCUGUUACCGGCCCCCGGGGAACGAGACCCUGCUGAGCUGGAAGGCCUCGCGGGUCACCGGCACGGCCUUCCUGCUGCUGGCGGCGCUGCUGGGACUGCCGGGCAAUGGCUUUGUAGUGUGGAGCUUAGCGGGCUGGCGGCCCGCAAGAGGGCGACCGCUGGCGGCCACGCUGGCGCUGCACUUGGCGCUGGCCGACGGCGCGGUGCUGCUGCUCACACCGCUCUUCGUGACCUUCCUGGUGAGGCAGGCGUGGCCGCUGGGCCAGGUGGGCUGCAAGGCGGUGUACUACGUGUGCGCACUCAGCAUGUACGCCAGCGUCCUGCUCACCAGCCUGCUCAGCCUGCAGCGCUGCCUUGCCGUCACCCGCCCUUUCCUGGCGCCCCGGCUGCGCAGUCCGGCCCUGGCCCGCCGCCUGCUGCUGGCCGUCUGGGUGGCCGCUCUGCUGCUCGCCGCCCCGGCCGCCGUCUACCGCCACUUGUGGGGAGGCCGCGUGUGCCAACUGUGCCACCCGUCGCCGGCCCACGCCGCGGCCCACCUGAGCCUGGAGACUCUGACCGCCUUCGUGCUUCCUUUCGGGCUGGUGCUCGGCUGCUACGGCUUGACCCUGACGCGGCUGCGAGGCGCCCGCUGGGGCGCCGGGCGGCAUCGGACGCGGGUGGGCCGGCUGGUGAGCGCCAUAGUGCUCGCCUUCGGCUUCCUCUGGGCCCCCUACCACGUGGUCAACAUUGUGCAGGUGGUCGCCGCGCUGGCCCCGCCGGAAGGGGCCUUGGCCAGGCUGGGCGGGGCGGGCCAGGCAGCUAGAGCUGGAACUACAGCUUUGGCCUUCUUCAGCUCCAGCGUCAACCCGGUGCUCUAUGUCUUCACCGCCGGGGAUCUGCUGCCCCGGGCAGGUCCCCGCUUCCUUACAAGACUCUUUGAGGGCUCUGGAGAGGCUGGAGGUGGUGGCCGCUCUAGGGAGGGCACCAUGGAGCUCCGAACUACCCCUCGGCUCAAAGUGGUGGGGCAAGGCCAGGGCGAUGGAGACCCUGGGGGCGGAGUGGAGAAGGACAGUCAGGGAUGGGAACCUUGA